CAUCAAACGGUGACUGUAGCAUAAAAAAUACCUUCAACAUAUUCAACAUAUACCCAGUUGCAGCACACAUUACGCAGCAUAAAGUGCAGCAAAAGCAGUUACAAUAACACAACAGCGAAUCAACUGUUUAGGCAAAGUGAGAAAAAGGACACCGCUCAUCACUUCGGCAGCUAGAUCACACGCCAAAGUCAGAACAGCCUAUUUAUGUCGCAAAAAAUGGGAGUUUGAAGAGCUUCUCGUAGUAGGCGCAGGCCCAUCGAUAAGAAACUAUGACGCAUCCGGAAGACAGACGGAACACAACACUGUGACGUAUUAGAACGGAGUGGGCUACGAGCGAGAGAACCAAACUCCCCCCUCUCAAAGGCCAUCUAGGGAAAGGCCAAUUUUGCAAAGGAUAACGAAACGAACGACACAAACGCACACGUUGCAAUGGCACAAAAGCAAACGCAAUCGGCGGUACCGUUGUCAGCGAUCGAACCGCACCAACGGAUACAGAAGCUCGUCGCGGAUAGUCAGCGGGUUUCGAUUGAUCCGACCAUGCCUAUCAAUCGGUACUAUCGUUCCGGAAGCCAAAUCGUCGAGACGGCGGAUCGGUCGCUGCGUGAGGGUAAGCUGGAGAAGGCCUUCACCUUCUAUCUUCGUUUCGUGACCAUCUUCUUAGAGCUGAUACAGCAGCACCCGGGGUUUCGGUCGGUGCUACCGCAGGAUAAACAACAGACGAAAGCUAAAAUCAAGGAGAUUAUGCCAAAGGCGGAAGUCAUACGCAAAAAGCUGCUCGCGAUGUAUACGGCUGAAUACGAGCGGUACUUGGUACAGGCACAGCAAACAGCACGAGAGGCAAAGGAAGCCGAACGGGAGGAACAGGAACGAGCGGCACUGGAGAAAGCGUUGGACCAUCCGUCUUCAGUUGCAGCGACCGUAUCACCGGCACCAUCGGCGCCGAGCUACAUUUCCGUAAUCAGUGAACAGGACGCUAAGUUGAUGGAUCAAGUGUUUUAUCCGAGCGAGUUUCUGACCGACCGCACCCGGAUCAGCGGUCAACCGGCUGGUGGAGGCCUCUUGCUACCGGAUGCCAAUCGGAAGGUGGACCGAUCGCUGAAACCACAAACAGUAGUACCGUCGGUGCCAUCGGCCCAGGCGGCGGCCAUCACCUCUGCAACCGGGUUUCGCGCGAUUACCGUACCUUCGGACACGAUGCGCAAGUUCCUGGCCGUGGCUGCUGCCAACACCCACGCCAACCUGGAAACGUGUGCCAUUCUCGCUGGUACCUUACGCCAAUCCGCCUUCUUCAUUACGCAUGUGAUCUUUCCGAAGCAGACCGGCACGUCCGACAGCUGCAACACGAUGAACGAGGAGGAGAUAGCGGACGUGCAGGAUCGUCACAAUUUGAUCACGCUUGGAUGGAUACACACGCAUCCCUCACAGACGGCUUUUCUGUCGUCGGUUGAUCUGCACACACAUUGUUCCUAUCAGCUGAUGCUAGAGGAAGCGAUUGCCAUCGUUUGCUCACCAAAGCACCAAGAAACCGGAUUCUUCAAUCUUACACCAGUAGGCAUGGAUUCCAUCUCCCAGUGUCGCCAAACAGGCUUUCAUCCGCACUCCUCUGGUUCGCCUCUGUUUGCGGAAGCUCAACACAUAAUACUGAGCGAUGCUGUCGCUGUCGAUACGAUCGACCUCCGAUGAAUCCGCUCCUGCCGUCUCUAUUGUUUAAUUUUUGCCUGUUGUGAUGUUGUUUUCCUGUUCAUUUUUAUUUGAGUUUGUAAAUACGCUUCGAUAUCGCUUUGGUGAUAUUAGGCAUAGAAGAUAUACGCGAUCAUUAUUAUUCAAUCAUUAGAAAGCCGUGCGUAUAUCUGCAUUAACGUAAGUACGACCUACUACGCCACAAUAUGUUCUUUUUCGAAUUGCAGCGGCACGUUGCACCAAGCUUUGCCUGUUCAUGUAGCUGGCAAAAAGGGAAACAUAUUUUACAUGCCUGCCGCUAACUCGCUAUAUAGUGUUGAUGAAUGUACUAAACUGGAUUAGAGUGGAAAAAUAUAUUAUACUGAUUGGGCACUAUGCCGUUGCACGACACGAGGAAUUGAAUCGGAGUCAUUGAUGCUAGCGGGUGCUUGCUCCAGAUUGUCCCGAAGUGAUCAGACCGAGAGGAAGAGAAAGAGAAAGAGAUCUCUUAUUAAAUUAUUACUGAAUUAUAUUUAAAUAUUGAAAGUGCCUCAGAACUGGAUACUGGUGAAUGCUAGGAAUGAACGUUUGUUUCUUUGAGCUGCUUUAUCACAAUCUACGCAAUAAAAAGAUAUUUCAUCUGUGUA